AUGGCCCACGUCGUAACCCCUCUCGACCAGCCUUCCAACUAUAAAGAUUCGCAAGCUCGUGUCGACCGGCAAAAGCAGAACGACCUCCUAGCGAAAUCGACAACUCUUUAUAUUGGUAACUUAAGUUUUUACACCACUGAAGAACAGAUCUAUGAGAUUUUCUCAAAAUGUACCAGCCCUGAGGAAGGCGGCGGAAUAAAGCGUAUCAUCAUGGGACUUGACAGGAAUACAAGAACGCCAUGUGGCUUUUGCUUCGUCGAGUACUACAGCCAUGCAGAGGCGUUGACAUGCUUGCGGUACAUCGGCGGAACGAAGCUGGACGAGCGUAUCAUUCGUUGCGAUCUUGACCUCGGCUACCGGGAAGGCAGGCAAUUUGGCAGAGGUAAGAGCGGUGGCCAGGUGCGAGACGAACACAGACAGGACUACGACCCAGGUCGCGGGGGCUGGGGCGCACAGGCUCAACGGCUGGAGAUUGAGAGGAGAAGAGAGGUUGAAGAAAGAUAUGCAGAUGCCCAGGAAGGUCCUGGCGCUGUGGCUGGCGGCGGUGGCGACUGGAAGGAGGCCGAGGGCACGGUUGAGCACACCCUCAAGAGGGGUCGGUCGCCCGAUGACGAAGGGGACAGCGGAAGAGCGGGUACUCGUGCACGUCUUGACGAUGCUGACCAUGAUGCUGACAGGAUGUAG